AUGGCGUCCGCCAGGCGUUCAUCUUUCAGCUCGCUCUCUUCCGGCCGGGACUCGAAUACUUCCUCCCGGUCUCCUCUCAUCGGCGGCGAUAACGACGUCGACGGGACUUCGAACUCGCACCUCAUCCUCGUCCACGACGACUCCGAAGAACUAUCCAACAUUCACUUUGACUUUUCCUCAGACGACGAUGACGACCUCUCCGACGCACUUUCCUCCCAACUCGACCGCAUCAAAGCGUCAUCCAUCCCGCCUCUCCCAUCCACCCUCGUCCUCCUCUACCUCCUAUCUCCCCUCCUCAGGCUCGGACCAAUGCUCAUCCCGAGCGCCGACAUACCUCUGAAGUACUCCAUACCUGCCGUACUAGUCUUCGCACUCUUCGCGCUCUUGUCGCGACAGCUGUGGUACAUGCUUGCGAAAUAUGUACGCAAGGCGGAUCUGGAGGAGGUUGUGCUGGAUGCGUUUGCGAGAGGGAGGGGGAGCUCGAAGGAGGGGAAGAGGAGGGUGCUUAGAGCGGGCGUGAGGGUUGUAGGAGCGGCUUUUGCAUGCAUUCUAGCGACGGUUUACCUACGUCAAUCUGUCGACGUGAUACUCCCAUUACUACCGCCGAAAGUGUUACUACUGCCCUCACGCAUCGUCGUAACUCUGGUGGGAGCCCUUAUUGCACUUCCGUUUUGCAUGUGUCCUUCGCUCGCGGCAAAACCUGUCGUUUAUGCAACCUGGGCGUCGAUCGCGAGUUACAUCGUUUGGUUUGGAUUUGUGGCGGUUGCGCAUGGGCAGGGUACGCUCGUCGUGAACCAAGGAUGGUCAGAGACGGGAAAGUUGUGGCAUGGAAUUAACGUUAUCGCGUUUGGUUUUGGAUCGUCUUGGACAUUGCCCCUCUAUGCAUCUUUGAAAGGCACUUCGACUCUCUCAACUUCAGCAACGAAGAAGAACCGUCACUCGUUUCAAUUGUUAUCGCUUAUUUCUAUCGGACUUGCCGUGGCCCUCACCCUCCCUCUUUGCUUUUUUGCUGUGAAUGUUACUUCUCCCGUAAGUUCCUCUCAGGAAGAUCCACUACCUUCACCCAAUUCUAUCAUCUCCGUCAUGAAUGCUGCCACACUAUUCCUCAGCAUCCCUCCGAUUUUGUUGACCGUUCCGCAAUUGCCUGCGCCCGGUUCCAUUCGCCGUCUAACACAGAAUCUCCCGAUGAUGUCGAAGGGACUCGUAUAUUUGCUUGUUGUUUUACUUUCUCUGCUGCUUGGCGGGUCCGCUUCGGCCGUCAUCAGCGAUGUUCUCAUCGUUCUCGCGCUUGUAGGAUCAUAUAUCGUGCCAUCUCUCAUCCACAUCACCGUCCAUCACUUCAAAAGGCCGCUCUCGAUCGUCCUUCCCCAGGGUCCCUCAAACGGCAACGGCAACGGAACGCCUCGACCUCAAUCGCAUAUGGCAGAUCCAGCGGACGAGCUAUUGCAGAGGAAAGAAAGGACGUUGCAGAGGAGACGCCUCGGGCGAAGACUGGCGUUCGAUGUGCUGGCUUGGGUGGUGGUGCUGCCCGUGGGUGGCGGUGGCGCGGCGUGGGCCGUAGGACGAUUGCUCGGGCACUGGUAG